CUUGUUGUGGAGGGAAGCGGCUAGCUCAGUUAGCCCCGUUAGCUUUGUGUGUGUUUGAAAGAUAGUUUACUGUAGACGUUUGCUCCUCCGGUCGUUUCCAUCAUGGCGUACCAGCUGUACAGGAACACCACGCUGGGAAACAGUCUGCAGGAGAGUCUGGACGAGCUCAUACAGACUCAGCAGAUCACCCCUCAGCUUGCUCUUCAGGUCCUCCUUCAGUUUGAUAAAGCAAUCAACACGGCGCUCGCCAACCGAGUCCGCAACAGAGUCAACUUCAGGGGGUCUCUGAACACCUACAGGUUCUGUGACAACGUGUGGACGUUCGUCCUGAACGACGUGGAGUUCAGGGAGGUGACGGACCUCGUGAAGGUCGACAAGGUCAAAAUCGUCGCCUGUGACGGAAAGAGCGAGUCGACCCAGAACAAGACGGACAAAUGACAAGACGUGUCGAACGACCACCAGACUCCAGCAGUGACGACUCUUCAUGUGUUCUGGUGUCAGAUGGAGUCACACAUGGACCUGGACUGUACAUAUAAUUUAUUACAGCAGAGUCACAGCAGUGUGUGUGUGUGUGUGUGUGUGUGUGUGUCAGAGUGGACCAGUCACUGUACCUGCAGCAGUUUUUUUUUUAUUAUCAGUUUAGAGGUUUGAG